AUGGAAUCUACCAGGGUCUAGUGCGUCGACUUCAACAAGAACAUCUGUGAAUUUUAUAAGAAUCAUGGAGUCCCACAGGCUGAGACAUAACGCCUUUCUCUUGGUAGUCAGUCUGUCUUUGAGCAUCACCUGUAUGAGUGUUUGUAUGGUAUCUGCUGAUGAGUGGCUUGGCAAUCUGUCAGACUAUGAGUUGGCCAGCUUUGACAAUCCGGACAUUUUGGGUGAAAAUGAAAGACGUGCAUCAAAGUUAAACCAUUUCACCUUGAGUGAUCAUGGUGAUGUCUAUGUUGGAGCUGUCAAUUGGUUGUACAGGUUGAACGGUAGUUUGGAAGAGUUACAGAAUGUUUCAACCUGUGAUGACAGCAGGCCAGAUAGUGUGAUGCCCUGUCACCUUACAAACAACUACAACAAGAUACUGGUAGUUGACAGUACUCGGCCAAACAGUCUGAUAACCUGUGGUGGUGUGUAUGAGGGUAUCUGUCAGUCACGACAGUUACAGGAUAUAAAUAAUGUAAUAAAAGAAUCAGUUCCUUACAUUGCAGGGUUUGGGGAUGCAUCUACCGUUGGUUUGAUUGCUCCAGAAAGUGGUGGGGCGGAAAUGUUUUAUGUGGGUGUUACAUAUACUGGUAAAAAUCUUGAUGGCACAGGAAACGUUCUGCCAAUCGCAAGAAGGAGCCUGAAACUAAUACCACAAAUGGAUACCUUCUUAUCAGCAGCACUACCUGACAAUGGCAUGGUUUUUAAUACGUUUGCCAAGAUGAGACAAUUUCUCAUCAAGUACGUUUUAGCAUUUGGCUAUAGGGGAUUCACAUACUUUGUUGCCUCCCAGAAAGAGGACUUGAAUUCUGCUCGGUUUGUUUCAAAGAUAAGCAGAGUCUGUCAGGAUGGUCCCGGUCCCAACUUGAACCUAGACGCUUACACCGAAGUUACCCUACAGUGCAGUGGAUCAGGUAGCAGUGUGUACAGCUUGGUGCAAGCAGCUCACUUUGGACCAGCAGGACCUGAUCUAGCGGCAUCAUUGGGUCUCCAUGCAGACGAGCAGGUGCUGUAUGCUGUGUUUGCCAAGAACCAAGGAGCUCCGGGUACCAGUGAUGUACCAAUCGAUAACUCAGCAUUGUGUGUGUACAGGAUGACGGAUAUCUUGGCUGCCUUCACAGAAGCAGUGCGGGGAUGUAUUCAGGAUGGAAAUACCUACGCUAUUGAAUAUUUGGAGAAUGCUGUCUGUAGUAACUUUGGGAUUCCCAUCUUAGACCGAUACUUUUGCAUCCCUACAACGAGUGAUAAUAACACACCACUGUUCAAGUAUGCCAAGGGCAUCGAUCCUGUGCCCUCUACAGCUGUGCUGGAACUUCCAGGGAAUCUGAUGUCUUCAAUCAUCAUCAGCAUUGAAGUCAAUCACACUGUGGCUUUCAUUGGGACAUCAAGUGGGAAUCUACUUAAGGUUCACAUUGAAAGUAGUACUGCUGCCAGAUUGUAUGAGAGAGUGCCUCUAGACACCAGUCCAGUACUGACAGAUAUCAAGAUCAAUGAGACAAAUAAAUUGAUGCAUGUACUCACUGAACAAAAGUUGAUCAAGAUGCGUGCUGAGAAUUGUGGUCAGUACACAACCUGUGAGACGUGUAUUGGGACUGAUGCAGGGAAUGAUGGAGACCCAUACUGUGGAUGGUGCACUCUGAAUCGAACAUGCACAAGAUACGCUGAUUGUCCUUCACCUGAUGUGUCUACUCGGUGGUUGGCCUACAAUGCUGCCCAGUGCAUCAAUAUUACCGAUGUAGCUCCUUAUGACAACCUGCCGAUUACCGUCACAGAGCAACAGAUAACCCUGACUGUACAGCAGUUACCUGAUCUAGGAACUGGCCAGAGUUAUGAGUGUUACUUUGGGUCGUUUGAAUCACCAGCUACGAAGAAUGGUGAAGUGCUUGAGUGUACGUCACCUCCGAGUGAUGCCAUACCAGCCAUAUCUCAAGAUGAUGAUGCUGUCUUAGUUAAUCUGGCUGUCUAUUCAUCAGAAACAAUGGUCGGCUUCAUUGAUACCAGCUUUCACUUCUAUGACUGCUCAAAGCAUACCUCUUGUGUGUCCUGUGUUGGUAGUCGCUGGGCCUGCGAUUGGUGCGUGUUUGACAACAGAUGUACUCAUGAAAGCUCCACAUGCGCAAGAGCCAAUGAAAUCAUCAUCUCUGGAGAUAAUAAUCCAACUGCUGCUAUGCCGAAGGGGCCCGGUUUUUGCCCACAGCUUCAAGCUCAAAGUGGUGAAGUUCUUCUGCCCAACGGAAUCCAAAAGACUAUUGCAAUCAUGACAGAUAAUCUGCCACAUGCAUCUGAGAUUUCUAGGUACGGUUGCAGUGUAGACAUUGAGGGAACACCUCAGACCGUAGCGGCACAACGCAAUGGAGAUAACAUCACAUGUACCGAGAGGAGUUACAUGUACGUUGAUAAUGAUGAUCCAGAGCUUGAAGUGCGAGUGACUUUAACAUGGACCGAUGAAAGUGAUGUUGUGCACAUCCUAGAUGACACACAUGGAUUUAAUGUGACGCUUUACAAGUGUGAAGUCCAGAAGCCAGACUGCAGUCGAUGCGUUACUGCCCGCCCUGCGCUUGAGUGUGUCUGGUGUGGUGCCAUGCCAUCUGAGUCUGGUGUUUGCAAACUGAACGAAGUCUGCAGAGAAAUCAUGGUUACUUUGGACAAUGGAGUGAACUGCCCUGAUCCAGUUCUUAGCGAGAUGUUUCCCUUGACUGGACCAACUGAAGGCAACACAGUCAUAGAUGUGAUGGGAACUGACAUCGGUCGGAGAUUCGAGGAUGUUGUGUCAGUGAUGGUUGGCAAUCAACCAUGUGAUCUAGCUGGAUUGGACUCAGACUAUAAAAUUGGAGCAAGUGUCAGCUGCAGAACACGACCAGAGGUUAAAGGAGUUGAGUUGGUUACAUUGACAGUCACAGGUGCAGAUGGUACAAUGCAGCACAGCUCAGGAACAGUCAACUUUAACUUUAAGGAUCCAGCUAUUACAUCUUUCCAACCCCGCCUUGGCCCAGAAGCUGGUGGAACUGCAGUGAGUGUGAAUGGUACAGCCCUCAACACAGGACGGGAUAUCGAAGCAUUCAUUGGUGACAAACCUUGCAAUAUAACGGGCAAACCAGUUGAAUCUAUGUUAGAGUGCACGACCACUGCUGGCCAAGUUGGAUAUAAAGGUGUUGUGAAAGUCUCCUUUGAUGGGGCCACGAGAACCUCAUCAGAUAUGUACACCUACACUGAAAAUCCUACCAUCACCAAGGUGUCUCCUCUGAAAAGCAUCAUUUCGGGUGGCCGAACACUGACUGUCAUCGGGACAUUCUUGAACACCUGCCAGAAUCGUCAGAUUUUGGUCGGAGACAGAAGCAAGACAUAUACAGAGGAAUGCGAAGGCGAAUCUGCAACAGAAAUGCGUUGCAAAUCUCCCAACAUAACAGCCCUGGACAUGCUUGAAGAAGGCAACGAGAACGCGACCUUUGGCUUCAUCAUGGACGGGGUCACCCAGCUAUUGACAUGGUCUGAGGACAACGACGUCGACUUGGAGUAUUUGGAAGAUCCAGUGUAUUACAUGUUUGAGAAUGGGUUGCAAGACAAAGAAGGAGAAACACUAACAAUAAUGGGCGAACGGAUCAACAGUGCAAUCACAGAGGAAGAAAUCCUAGUCAGGAUAGGAAGUGACGUAUGUACAGUCAGCUUGAUUAGUGAAACAUCCUUAGUGUGUAGGUUGCCAACAGGGGAUCCAGGGCCUGGGGACUUCAUGGGUGAAGACACAAGCAAAGGUCUACCUGUGGUCUGGGUCGUGCACAGCAACCUUAAAGUUCGCAUCGGUUACAUUCGGUACCCGCCUGAUGUGCCCCCAUACAUCAUCAUUGUCUCGUCAGUCUGUGGAGCUAUCCUGGUGUGUAUUCUCUUUGUAGUGAUAUGUUUUGGAGCUCAGGUGUAUGGAGCUAAACGAGAGGCCAGACUGAUCCUGGAAGACAUGAGAGCUAUGGAGGCAGAUCUGGCUGAUGAGGUCAGGCAAGCCUUUGCCGAGCUUCAGACCGACAUGACCGAUCUGACCAGUGACCUGGAAGGGAUCGGCAUGCCGUUUGUCAGUCAUCGCGAGUAUGCCACCAACAUGCUGUUCAUUGGCCAGGAAAUCACACCAGAUACCGAGGAUGAAGAGUACCCCAAUGAGCAAGUGGAGAGGGCCAUGGUCAAGUUCUCUCAGCUGCUUAGCAACAAGAACUUCCUCCUGCUCUUCAUCCAGACACUGGAUGCAGAGAGUAAUGCCAAGCUGUCCAUCCGAGAAAAGCAAUCCAUUGCAUCUCUGCUGACCGUUGUGAUGAUUCUUGAGAAUAAACUGGUCUACUUGACCGAUGUGAUGAUAACACUGAUGACCCAGUUGAUUGAGGAUGCAGCUGAUUCUGAUCGCACCCGUCAGCUGUUCUGUCGAACGGAGACUAUCCUAGAGAAGGUGAUGUCAAACUGGGUUGCUCUUUGCCUGUAUGACCAGUUGAAGACUCACACAGCCUAUCCCCUGUUUGUGAUGUACCGAGCCAUCAAGUAUCGCAGUGAGAAUGGUCCCAUUGACGUCAUCACUGGUCGCUCCCGCUUCUCCUUGAACUACGACAAACUUCUCCAAGAGGAUGUGGAAUUCAGUGCUCUUACUCUGGUGGUUCUUAUCAAUGAAGAAGGGGAUAUCAUCAAAGAAGUCAAGGUGCUUGACGUGGACACCAUCUCCCAAGUGAAGGAGAAGAUCUUAGAUGCCAUCCAUGGCAACCAUCCCUACUCCGAGCGGCCCAGUGCCAACCAAGUCAGUCUUGAGUGGCGUCAUGGAAGAAGCGGUAAACUUGUCUUGACUGACACAGACAUGAGGCCAUUGACAGACAAGUGGCGUAGAAUCAACAUGCUCAAAGACUUUCAUGUUGGAGACAAUGCUCAAGUGACCUUGGUAGAGAAACAGGAUGUCCCAAAUGCCGCUCUCUCAGGAACAAUCCUCAAGGUGCAGGGCUCGGCUUCUUAUGUGAACAUCGGCUUUGAUGAUGAGAAGAUCAAGCGCAGGAUGAGUACCAAGCGACGAUACACCAUUGCUGAAGUCGAGGCUCAAGAAGGAAUCAGAGACUGGCAUCUUACCCAGGAGGAGGAGUGGCCUACAGAUGAGGACGGACAUAGACGGAGAAAACGAGGAGGUUGCAUCUCACUGGAUGCUGUCACCUUCAGGAAUAAGAUUACUCGUCACAGGAUCAGAGAGAUCUCCUUCCCUAGACUUCUCUCCACAAAGGGCAUCGUGCAGGAAUAUGUGGAUAACAUGUUCCAGGCGAUACUGUCAGCGAAGAGCGCACCCAAGGCCAUCAAGUACCUGUUUGAUUUCUUUGACAGUCAAGCCUACCGACAUGAAUUGUCCACCGCGGAUCCUGACCUGGUCCACAUCUGGAAGAGUAACAUUCUGCCACUGCGUUUCUGGGCAAACGCCAUCAAGCACCCAGACUACAUCUUUGACAUCCGCCCAUCUCGCACCGUGGAGGCCAGCCUGGAUGUCAUCGCACAGUUGUUCCAUGAUGCACACGACACCAAGACACACAAACUUGGCAGGGAGACAUCUAUCAACAAGCUACUGUAUGGCAGAGAGAAGACAAAGUUCCACAAUGAAAUCGUCUCCUUCUACGAAGAAGUUGAGCAGCUGCCCCCAGUCCCGACUCAAGAACUGAACAAGGAGCUGUACAAAGCAUGCGAGAACUUCACUGGUUUGUUCAGUAAGCUGAGUACUCUGGAUCAACUCUGGAAAAUUGUGCGACGGUUCAAGCAGAAGCUCCUGGAUGAAAUCGAAAACAAUGAGCGAUGCAAGGACGAGAAUCUGGAUGGAUUGUUGGAGGAGAUUGACAACAUUCUGUCUGAGGAACCUGAUGUUGCUGAAGAAUGUGUGUAAGAUGCUGACAGUCGGCGACAGAUUAAAUAAUGAAUGGCAGCAAAUACUUGAACAUAAGUACACUAUACAAGACAGCCGUAAAUAAUUCAAACAAAUUAAGCGAUUCAUUUCAUAACAGAUUUGACGUGUCAAACGAUUUACAGGUUGUUUUUUUUUACCCCAAAGCACAAGUUUAUAAUUUUGCAGGUGAUCAUCUUAUGUCCAACAAAUGAUUGUGCCAGCGAUCUGACUGCAGUAAUGAUAUUCUUUAAGAAAUUGAUAAGAUGUCUUGAUAAAAAUAUAUUUUUUUUGUACGCAGAUAUGUUCAAAUGAAGUUAUGUUGAUUUACGUAAAGUUGCCACAAGUUCUUGUUUAAUGCUGGUAUAUUAUGGAUGCUUGCCUUGGUGUUUGAAAUGUGGAUAUUUGCUAAAUUGUAAAGCCAUUAGAUUAAUAGUUUGUUAUAACAGGUUGCAGGAAGGUCUUUAUCUAUACAUAAUUAUAUACAAAGUGCAUUGACCUUUGAAGGGUCGAUGAAGUGAAUUGUUCUGAGGAACAUAUUUUGUGCAACUUCCUACUUCUAAAAUGUAUAAAAAGUAUUUGGCAUUCUUUUUUGGUGAAUUCUAUUGAAAAGUUUACUUCUAUAUACAUUUAAAAUGGGUUUCCAAAAUGUGAACCGAAAUAUUUGCUUUUAAAAAAUAUUUGCGAAAACAAUUUACUCAGUGGCUUACUGCCAUGUACUGGCACAACAACCAAUCACCAAGGAAACGAAAAUCUACGACAGCGAGAUAUCAAAAAUUCUGGCAAAUAGUUCUGAAAGUAUAACAUUGAGAUUUCUGCCUGAAAUGACAUUACACUUUUGCUCAUGAAUAUGGACAUUUUCAUAAUCAUAACAAUCCAAAAGGCACCAAAAUGACCUUGAAAAUGGGAAAACAAAAAAUCGAAAAUGGGGUUAAAGGGACACAAAAGUAAAUUUCAAAGGAUUGUAUAAAAGAAAGUUACAUUGCAUGGGCCCUUUAACCUUGUGUUUUUUUUUUCAAACGAAUUCCCUCAUUUUUUUACUGUCGGCUUGUUGUAAACAAGACGUAUAGUAGUUAAUAUAUUUGGAUAUGUAUAGAAUACUGAACCCUCCAAAAGAGAUUUUACAAACAAGAAUCUUAUGAGGGUCUCCAACAUUUUGUUCAAUGUGAUCAAAUGUACAACUUAGUUUUUCAUAGUUUUUUUUUCAGAACCUUUGGAAAACGUGUAUGUGAAAUGUUUGUGCAACUCAUGCAGUGGUGAAGUGGCCUUAAAUUAAGCAAUUUGUAAAAAUAUUUUGUGAUUAAUAUAUUGGCAGGUGUGAAUAUGGAACUUAGAUUAUAUUUGUUAACAAGUAUGUGCUUAUUCGGAAAACGCUGUCAUAUUUAGAAUAUGAUCAAGUAAUUCGAUAUUUGGCAUCUGAAAUGAAAAGUAUAUUGCAAUAGAAAAAUGGCUGUAUCCAAGAUUACCAGAGUUGGUUUACAAAAUAUUCUACUUUAACCACCUAUUUUUCUAAAUACAAUUUUUAUUAUACCUACAUAUGCUUUAUUUUUUAUACACAGAAGAUUUGUAUCGUCAGAUAAUUAUGGUACUUAAAAGGAAUUUCUAUUGAAGCAUUUGCACGUCGUUUAUAACAAAACAGUGAUUGAUGAUUUUACUGUAAUUGAUGAUAUAAGCGUAACUGAUGGUAAUUGCAUUAUUGGUUAUAAGGGUAAUUAAACGAAACUUCCUAUUUGACUAAGAAUGCGACUUUCUUUAUGCGCUGAUAGAAUACCACGUGCUUUCUAAACACGAUAAGAAAUGAGGGAUUACCAGGAGUAAACACAUACACAAAGAAAUGCCGCUUUUUAGUACUAUACAGUGAUUAUUGUAGCCUUUAGUUACUUUGACUCCGUUAAUGUACACGUACAAAAUGCAUAUUUGACAUGUACACGACGCAUGCUUUUUAUUUACAAUUCGUCGAGUGAAAGUGGAAAUGCAAUAAAGA